AUGCCGGAAAAAAGUGAUUUGCAGCAGCAGCAAUCGGCGGCGUCUGGAGCUAGUUCAGCACUUGGGCAGUCUACUCUGGAUUCUACCACAAGCAAGAAGCAGAAGAAGAAGCUAAGGUUGACUGAAAAGUUGGCCACCAUGGAAAACAUCCAACGACUCGUCCGUGUCCGCGGUGCGGCCAAAGAGGAGGUGGUCCAGCUGACAGAAGCUGAGAUCAAAGUCUACAUGGCGAAGGUGGAAGCAGCCCAUAAGGACUACGAAGAUGCUCACAAUCAAAUCCUGUACGAGGAGUUCGAUAUCCUUCACGACACCGUUUCAAUUCUGUUGGAGGAUCAGCUCAACAAGGUCAGAGCCACCGCGGCAGCCGCAGCUGCUGCCACGACUGCGGCGCAACAAGUUCAGCAAGCACCGGUUGUCAUCCAUCAACCACUUCGCAUGCCGGUUCCCACUUUCGACGGUCGGUAUGAGAGCUGGCCAAAGUUCAAGGCCAUGUUCAAGGAUCUCGUGGAUAAGGGUCCAGAUCCGCCGGCAGUCAAGCUGUAUCAUCUGGACAAGGCUCUGGUCGGUAGUGCAGCCGGUCUCAUCGAUGCCAAAACGAUCAACGAAGGCAACUACGCCCACGCGUGGCAAAUUCUGGAAGAGAGGUUCGAGAACAAACGUCACGCUAUCGAUUCUCAUAUUCAUGGUCUUCUGAAUCUUAAGCGCAUGACGAAGAAGAGCCAUUUGGAGCUGCGGAGUCUGGUCGACGAGUGUAGCAAGCAUGUGGAAGGUCUCAAGUUCCUGGAGCAAGAUUUCGAUGGAGUAGGUGAGGAUUUCGUGAUUCAUCUACUGGCGGCAGCAUUGCACAACGACGUGCGCCAUAUGUGGGUGUCCACCAUUAAGCACGGUGAGCUUCCCGAUUACGACGAGAUGCUGACGUUCCUGAAGGAGCAGACCUUCAUCCUGGAGAGGGUUGAAGCCAGCAACCAGAAGUCAUCAUCGGUUCCCAUUAAGUCCGUGUCUGCAUCCAACAAGCCGUCGGUGCAGAAAGCCCACGCAGUCGUUUCGUCAAGCGAGAAGGAAACAAAGUGUGAUUUUUGCGGAAAGGCACACGCCAAUCACCAGUGCGCUGAUUUCAAGGCUCUUCCUGUUCCGCAAAGAUUGGUCAAGGUGCGAGAGCGCAACGUGUGCUUUAAUUGCCUACGAAGAGGCCAUCGAAGCGCCGACUGUUCAUCUGACAAAUCCUGCCAGAAGUGUAAGCGUCGGCAUCAUAGUCUCCUUCACGCCGAGGAGAAGCCCAAGCAAGAUGCAGAUCAACCAAGCAAGUUGGCCCCGCCGCCAGUUCCAGAGCAAGAAGGUUCAUCAUCAUCAUCAACGUCGACGACAGCUACGUGUUCCAGCGUGGCCACCCACUCGCAGCAAGUGCUGCUGCUCACGGCGGUAGUGGACGUAAUGGACAAAAACUACCAGCCGCAUCCGUGCCGAGUAUUAUUCGACAGUGGGUCUCAAGUCAAUUUGGUGACGCAGUCCGUGGCAGAUAAGUUGGGCUUGAAGUUGAAUUCGUCGAACGUCACGAUGUUCGGGGUCAACAGUACGAAGACCCAAUCAUGCAACAGUGGCACGGUGCAUCUUUCGUCGAGGUACAGGGAUUUCCAUGCCAAGGUCAAGUGUCUAGUAAUUGACAAGGUAACAUCAGAUCUGCCAUCAUCGGUUAUCAAUAUCAGCGCGUUGGAGCUUCCCGCUGGUGUUCAUCUAGCCGAUCCGAACUUUUUCCAUCCGAGCAAGGUGGAUAUGCUUCUGGGUAACGAAUGGUUCCUUAAGUUGUUGCUACCCGGAGAAAUUACUUUCGAUGACAAACUUCCUGUCCUUCGCGAGACCCAAUUUGGUUGGGUUGUUGGUGGAGUCUUCGAAGAAGGUGCGGUAUCUGAUGGAGCAGUCUAUUCGCACACAGUCACGAUGGACGAAUUAAGCCAGUCCAUUCAACGCUUCUGGGAAGUUGAAGAUGUCGCUGAUGUCGUCGAGCGUAGCAGCGAAGAAGAGGAGUGUGAGGAGCACUUCAAAGCGACUCAUCGUAGGGAUGCUUCCGGGCGGUACAUCGUCGAGCUGCCGCUGAAGGAGUCCGUGAGCGAAUUGGGAGAUUCCAGGUCGCUUGCAUUAAGAAGGUUUCACGCGCUGGAGCGAAAGCUUUCGCAACAUCCGGAUCUGAAGAAGCAGUACCAGGAUUUCAUGGACGAGUACGAGAGUCUUGGGCACUGCAAAGAAGUGAACGUUAGUGAAGAUCCAUCAGGUAUCAUCAAGUGGUACUUACCUCAUCAUGCUGUGCUGCGGCCAUCGAAUACUACCACUAAGUGCCGUGUGGUGUUCGAUGCAUCGGCGAAGGUAUCUGGUCGCUCGCUCAACGAUGUAAUGAAGAUUGGCGCCAUCAUUCAAAGCGAUCUGCAGUCCAUCUCUCUUCGAUUCCGUCUCCCGCUCCACGUGUUGGCUACUGACGUGGCCAAAAUCAAGGGAAACGGUUUGCUUCAGUUAGCAAGUGGCAAUCGGAACGACGCUUACACCAGUUCAAAGUGGUUCGACUCCUCUGUGACGAUUCGACCUCGACUAUCAUCGCCAUCAAGACUUCAAAAGGGCGACGGAAGUCCAAUCACGGCCUUGGGUAGUAGAAAACGGGAACAACAGGAAACGCUUGUCCCAUUCGAGGACUUCGAUGCGGCUAAGAAGAAAGAUACUACCACCGGCUUUCAUCAUCGAUAA